GAUUAUCAUUUCCAUCAGGACACGCAUCUUCUGCAUUCUAUUUCUUCACAUACUGGGUAAUAUAUCUUCAAGCCAGGAUGAUACCAGAAGUUUUUGGAGAUAACUUAUUUAGGCCUGUCCUUCAGAUAGCCGGUAUCCUGGCAGCCAUGUUGGUUGCUCUCUCACGAGUAUCAGACUACAAGCAUCACUGGAGUGAUGUAUUAGCUGGAAGCACCUUAGGCCUGGUUGUAGCCAUCUUAGUGGCGGUCUUUGUCAGUGACCUUUUAAGAAUACCCCUCUCCAGAGAGUCUCAGAUAGAGAAGGGUGAGGUGAUGCCUCUCUACGGCUCGGGGUCAGCCAUCAGUGAUCAACUCAGCAGUGAUAGGAUGUUAUCUGAUGAAGGCAGUGCUGUAAUCACACACAAUGACGAGAAUAGGAAAAGAAACUCUGGAAAAUAUCUGUCUUGCUCAUACAGUGGAAACUCAGUGUAGCCUGGUCUAUAGGCUUAUUUUCCUUGUUCACAACUUUGUAGUAUAUUCAUGAUUCAUAUUUGGGAUUUGGGUUUUGUUACAUAAUGAUCUCCAUACACAGAAUAGGAAAUAAGAGUAAAAUACAGUGAAAACAAAACAACACAAAAAUCGAUGCUUACAGUAGGCAAGAAUCCUGUCAUAUACAAAAAAUGAGAAGAACCUCAAUAGAAUUUAAAGAGCUGGGACCAGGAAUAUUGUUUUGCUAUAUUGGAGUAUAUACUUGCUACAUCAGGAAUAUUACCAUGUUAUAUCAGUUAUAAUGCUAUUGCCUUGCUAUAUCGGGAUUACAUUGUUAAUCAAGAUUACCUUUAUAUGUAUGUGGAAUAUCAUAUUUUGCCUUGAAUAUGUGUUCCCAUGUUAUCAAAACCAAGAAAAUUAUAACCUUUAUUUUCUAUUGAGUUAUAUUAAUAAUGAUAGGUACAAUUUAUAUAGUGCAGUUCAACUAUAUGCAUAUAUACUUUUGCACUUAAUAUUUGGCAUUAUACUAUUACCCUGGCUGUAGUCGAGGCACUGAAGUGUUUAAGGAAUAAAUCCUACUCCUUAAAAACAAUGUGUCUUGUCUUGACUCCAAGACAACACUUGUGCCAGGUCUCAUUGCAACAUACAAACCAAUUGUCCAACCGUUCGCUGAUUCCUAUAUACCCCUUUCAAAUUUUUGUGGCAGAAGUAUAAUGAAAUAGAUUAUGGAUACCAAAUAUAUUUUGUACAAAACCGAAGCAAUUCCAUACAUGGCUAAAUUUUGGUGAUGACUUUAAGUGGUGCUAAUUAUGAACAAUCAUAUUUAGAUAAAAAGCGGUUUUUGUAUUGUGUUCACAUAAAAACAUAUAUGUUGUUUUAUUUUGAAGACAUUGACUAAACACAAAUGAUAUAUAGAUAUCAAGUUCAGGUGCAUGAAAUGAAUACAAAGGAGAGAAUAAAUGUAAUGCAUUGUAGUCCAACUUUGCCAAACUUGUUAACUUGUCAUGAAACAAAUGAUAACAAAUAAAAUAUGAAUACUUUGAAUUAACCUUUAGUUGUUAAUCUGGUGCUAUAUUGGUAGUUAAUUACUUAAUUUUUUUAUGAGUAAAAUUAAUUUUCAGAGAACCUUGUAAUACAUGUCAGCCUUCAAGACCUGUUAUCUUCAAAAAGUGUGACAUUGCACAUCGUGAAAUGUAGAUGCAUUGGUGAAUUAGUAACAUCUUGCAAAUAUGUGGUUUGUAUUGAAACAGUAAAUAGGCACAUGCAUUAACAGCAGUAUUCAGUGAUUGUUCACUUUUAUUUUAAAACAGUAUCAAGUUUGAAACAAGUAAUAUUUCUGUUUUCUGUAUCCUAGAUAAAGAUGAGUCAAUCAAGUAUGGUACCUAAUUUUAAUGUAAACCAAAUUAUAUAAUCAAGCUACUAAGAAAAGGGAAUUUUAUUUUUGGUUAAUGAAAAAUAUAAUUUCAUAAAACUUUCAAUGGGAGAGCAGAUUGAUCAUGUGAAUAUAUACUUUUCCUACAGGCUUGGGUAUAAAUCUUUUUUUUUCUUUGUGAAGACAUCAUUGCAAAUGAAUACUAAUUAUCUUGGAAAGUGAAUGUUGAGUAUAAUUGAAGGUGUUUUCAAUAUUAUUUUUAUUCUAAACCAAGUUCAUUUACCUCUUUUAUUUAAAACCAUACUGUACCUUCUACUCUUAUCCAGACAAAGAACUACUGUAGAAAAAAUGUGCCCAUUCAGAAAUGAAACUCUGGAUAAUUUGCCUCUAAAUUUUGAAUAUUUUCUAAUAAUGUAAAUGUAUUCAUAUUACAAAUUUGUAAACAGUAAAGUGACCUCUAUUGUGCCCUCUCUAUAAAGAGAAUAUCAACCGAUUCAUUAUUUGUUAUUUUGUAUGUAUAUAUUUCUCUGUACAGCUGAAUAUACAUUUCAUAAAAUGAGAUGACAUUAUAUUUGUAUAUAUAGAAAUGUCUGUAUUUGAAGAAUGUUGUACAGUUGGUUUUCUUUAUGGAUCUAAUAUUUUGUAAUGAUUGAUAAUGUAAGUUUAUCUCUGGUACUAGCUAGAUUUCUUUGAAUCACUCUAACAUGCAAAGCACCAGGAAUAGACUUGGGAUUGAUGAUAUGAAAGUAUCUUUGUAAGGACUGCCUUUCAUGUCAUUGAUUUAUUAUGAUGUACUGUGUAAAACGCCUUCAUUAUAACUAUUUAGCAUACUUUCAUAAAAGGACAGUGUUUUUUGUUAAUUUUAAUGGAUAAAAAAAUAUUGGCUUGCAAAUAAUUUGUUCCAAAAUUUGUCUCAUUCAGCACUUCAUAAUGAACUGGUAACACAAACAGAUGGUCCUUGCAAAAAAAAAAAUUAUUCAUGCAAUUACCCCUCUGGUUCUAUGAACAUAUUCUGUAUUUUAGAGUGUCGGCUGGUACUAUAUGAUCAGAAAUAUAUUUUCCACCUUAUCAUUUUAUGGAGAUGCCUCAAACACUUUAAUUGACUGCUUUUCUAUUGCAAAAAAAAAUUCUUAUUUAUAUAAAUGUUGCCUUUUACGAUUUUCAAUAUAAAUGAAUCCAGCAAAUCAGAAAGAAUUGUGCAUUUUGUAUUGAUUUUAAGUACAAUAAGAAAAAUCAAAAUGAAUCAGCGCCUUUUAAUAUUUUUAUUACUUACUAAAUACUAAUAUGCAAUUAUGAAUGGGUUAAAAAUAAGAUAGCAAUAAUGACCCAUAUUUUAACCUUUAUUAAUGACUUCAUAUAUUUUCUUUUUUAAUAAUUUGAUUUUGUAAAGAUAUUUGUAUUGUAUAGGACUAUUGUAUAUGUAGUGUCACAAUUGGACCAAUAAAUGCUUGUAUGAAAUUUCAA